UGGAGCAGCAGCGCGGUGCGCCUGUCGCAGCUCAACGAUUCCCCAUAUUUCUCCCACAACUAUGAUUAAAAACUCCUCAGCGCCUUUUCAUUCCUGGAUCUAUCACUCCCUUCGAUUAGAUUUAGAUUAGUUUGUUUUUGUUUUGUUUGUGAGUUUGAUUUGUUUUUAGUUUUAGGUGAGCAUGUGCGUAAUUUUGCGAGGAUUGCCGAGGUGCCACCGGGACUGAGUUGUGGGCAAUAUGCGCCGCUGGGAUAUGAUUUUCACCCGAAAGGCUUAUGGAAUAUAGCCUGGUUUGUCACAGCUUGUACGCCCUCUGGUCCACCCCCGUGAAGAAGAAGCUAAUACUGCUCAGCAUCAUGUUUUUAAUCUGGGUAUACAUGCUGUACUCCUGCGUGGGCUACUGCUCCACCAUGCCAAGUUUGGUGGUGGACGGUUACCGGGGCAAGGAGACCGGCUCGGCGGUGGGCAAGAGGACAGAGAGCAGCAGGACGGACCUGGUGUCCAGGCUGCUGGCCAAGCCGCAGCCGUGGGAGGAUAUAGAGAGCGACUACGAGGAGCCGUCCAUCAGGACCGCAGCGUCCAGAGACCUGCUCAAUAACGAGCUGGAGACGGACAGGGCCGACGACUGGGACGAGAUGCGGGCCGAGCAGCAGAGAGCCCCGGAGCCGAGCGCCAUGUCCAGCUUCUCCAACGGCUCCGGGAGCAAGAAGCUGCCGCAGGCGAUCAUCAUCGGGGUGAAGAAGGGAGGGACCCGGGCUCUGCUGGAGUUCCUGCGGGUUCACCCGGACAUCAGAGCCGUGGGAGCGGAGCCGCACUUCUUCGACCGCAACUACGAGAACGGGCUGGAGUGGUACAGAGAGCUGAUGCCCAAGACCCUGGAGGGCCAGAUCACCAUGGAGAAAACCCCCAGCUACUUUGUGACGAGAGAGGCUCCGGCCAGGAUAUCCGCCAUGUCGCGGGACACCAAGCUGAUCGUGGUAGUGAGGGACCCCGUCACCAGGGCUAUCUCGGACUACACGCAGACGCUGUCUAAGAAGCCUGACAUUCCCUCUUUCGAGAGCCUCACCUUCAAAAACAGGACUACGGGGCUCAUCGACACCUCGUGGAGCGCCAUCCAGAUCGGCAUCUACGCCAAGCACCUGGACAACUGGCUGCAGUACUUCCCCAUGGGCCAGAUCCUGUUCGUGAGCGGCGAGCGUCUGAUCAGCGACCCGGCCGGAGAGCUGGGCCGCGUGCAGGACUUCCUGGGCCUCAAGAGGAUCAUCACGGACAAACACUUUUACUUCAACCAGACCAAGGGAUUCCCGUGCCUCAAGAAGGCCGAGGGCAGCAGCAAGCCCCACUGCCUGGGCAAAACCAAAGGGCGGACCCAUCCGAACAUUGACCCUGAGGUGGUGCAGAGGCUACGGGACUUCUACAGGCCCUUCAACAUGAAGUUCUACCAGAUGACAGGACAUAACUUUGGUUGGGAUUGAUGUGAAAAUCAUGAAAGACAUUUUUUUUUUUGUUAAUUUGUUGAGAAGUUUUUUUUUUCCUCUGUAAUUCAAUGGCAAGAUGUGGAGAUAUUGCUAUAUAUAUGUAAAAUGUACAGAAAUCUAUUUUAUAAUAAUUUAUUUUUAUUUCUAAGCAAUUAAUUCACUAAGCUGCCUAACCAUAUUUGUACAUAACAUCUGGCCCACAUGUCGUUUUUAACAUUCCUCGUGUUAAUUUUGAAUCCUCUCGCUCCUCCUGCACGGUCCUGUCAACUCAGCGGAUUUAUGGUGCUUCAUAAUGCAGAAAAUCAGCGACGACUGAAGUAGAAAUUCGGGUGGAAAAUGUAAAAGCACCGUCUAUACGGGUACAGAGUGCUCACAGAGAAGUGGAGAAGACCUGUCCUCAUUUAUGUAUGCAUCAUAACUUCAUCCUUUUCAGACCCUGUCGUUCGGAGUGUGAUCCCUCCAUAACGCGUUUCACUGCAACACAGAUCCUCCACUUAAGUUUUCUACAAUCCAAUUGUCCUGCGCUGGCAUUGGCCAGAGCUGCAGACCUCAUGUCCCUCUCCACUCAAUAACAGGUAGAUCAAUAGGCCUAAUUGAUCCUCAUUGUGUCACUCAUGCUUAAAGUAUACAGCUGCCCUUUCAUUCACAGUGCUCCCGCUGCCUGCUCUAAUGAAUGGCCCAUCCAUCAAAUGUUAAAUCCUAUCCCGGACCACAUAAGGGCCCAUGUUAACAUUAUGCUAAUCGGGUAAAGGUAACGGGCGGAUCGAUCGAGCCUCCGCUCUCUAGCUCCCCAUUAGAAGCGCCGUUGGCUGAGAGCCAGGCUCUUGCCCUAUCCGCUCAGUUCAAAGGUCACACAAAGUCUCAAUCAAACCUCCUUGGGAUGCGUUUGAUUCGUCGAGGAGAGCAGAGCUGGAGCGCUGCGGGUCGGGGGAGGGUGGGUGGAGGGGGGUGUGUG